AUGUCCUCAAGCUCCGCCAAUCAACCGACGUCUUCUGGAUCAUCUUCAGCAGCUGCCUCUACUAAUCCGCCAACACAAUCGUCCAUCUCUCAAGUCUCGCUAUCGAUGCUUCACGAUGUUCCAUCGAUUCCUCAAUUGGUUCUACACGGCAGCAUCACAAAUUUCACGAUUGGGGCGUCGAAUUUCAAUGUGGCCGAAAAGAGCGAACAAACUGAUUCGGAAAAGACGGACUUCGUUCAAAAAAUCCAAGAAUUAGAGCAACAACUGAUGGAAAGGAACGAGUUAAUGCAGAAAGCACUCGAAUCGGAGAACAAACUGAAAGAAGAUAUGAGGAGACUGUUGGAGAGAAAUGAAGAGCAAAUAACAGAAAAUCAAAUACUGAAAAACCAGAAUCAUCAAUUGAAAGAAGACAUGAAGGAACAGAUGAAGACGAAUAUGGAACUAUUCACAGAAAAUCAGUAUCUGAAGACUCAGAAUAAUCAAUUGAAAGAAAAUAUGGAGGAACUGAUGAAGAGAAAUGAGGAAUCGACCACGGAAAUUCGGAUUCUGAAGAGUCAGAAUCAACAAUUGAAGACCGAAACCGAAAUCAUGCGACAACGCGCACAACACAGCGAAGAAGAAAUGAGCAUGCCAAGAUGGAAGAAGCGAGGGAGCUCAAUGUCAAACUAG